GUCACAGAGCCCAUUCUGGGCUGCCGAGCUCCCUACGCACUGUCCUCGCUGCUUAGCCGCGGGAUUCCUGCCUGGCACGCAGCUCGAGAGCGCUGGCUGCAGCCGGAGAGUCGCUCGCACGCGCACGGCCCCUCCCCGGCCUUCCCUCUGGAUGACAGAUCAUGCCUGGAGAAUCCGCCAAGGCUGAAGGGGCUCUGCUGCGGAUGGAGCCCGGCGGCCUGCGCCCGGCGGAGGCAGAUGGCUCUCGGAACGCCUCCAGCACGUCCACCCCCAGUGGUGACUCUUCACCCGCCUCCGCCCUGACUCCACUGCAGGGCUCCCUGACAGCAGCCCCUGAUUGUACAAGCCCCGCUGCCAUGGAGCCCACCCUCUGCAGCCCAGGAGCCCUGGCCUUCCUGCCAGCCAAGAAAGAGGACAGGCCCCAGCCAGAGGGAGCCAGCUGUGACACAGCUGUCGGUAGCUCCCCCGCUGGCCUGGCUGCGCUGAGCGAGUGCGGCCAGGUCCUGCUGGAAACGCCUCCCAAAGGCCUCCGGGAAGUGCUGAGUGUGGACAUGCUGGACACCAGGAUCGUGAUGGGGGAGGAGACCCAGUGCAGCAAUGACGAGCCGGACACGGGGGUGGAGCUGCACGGCUCGCUGCUGGACAAUAAGGCUCCCGCAUCAGAGGCAGCUGGCACCGAAAGCCUUGCAGCCGAUGCCGGAGAGGAGUCGAGUGAUGACGAAAAUCGGAUCCUAGAGAGCAGCUCCGAGGCUGCUGGGAAACUCUCUGCCCAGGCCACACCAGGGGAGUCUCCCUGCCCCAAACCCAGAGACAACAGGCAAGUGUGUCUCUAUCGGCCUCCUCAUCUGCUGCCCUGGGAGCCCGAAGAGCCGAGCGUGGCGCUACAGGAGAAGUUGUUUUCUCAGGGUGAAACCACGGCCGAUGUGCCUUCCCCAUCUCCCGCACCUGCCAAAGACCCCCCCGAUGAGCUGGCCGAGGCAGGGCCCUUGCACCCCUCCGAGGUCAAACCAGUCCUGGAUCCGGACCUGUACUUCACAGCCCCUUCGACGCCAAUCAAAACGGUCUACUCCCACCUCAAGCACCUCCCCUACGCCAAGGACCGCCUGAGCGAGGAGCAGAGCGAUAUGGACAACGAAGGGCUGUGCUCCCCGCCCACCUCUCCGUCGGGGUCCUACAUCACCGCCGAGGGGGGCAGCUGGGCUUCCUCCGGCACCUCCAGCACCUCCCCGUCUUGUUCUCCCAACCUGAUCGCUGAGUCAGAGACCAUGGAAGCCUCAACUGCUUAUGGGGAAUCCCUGUUGGAGCUGGAGCUUUCUGAGGAGCCGGCUCGGUUUGCCAGAAGCUCCUGUCUGUCUCCUGAGCAGCUGGAGGAGGAGGAAGGUGACCUGUCUUUGGAGAGACUCUCCUCUGGCAACAUGACUCUGCCUUCAGUGCCAGCAGAGGAGGAAGGGGAUGGUCAGACCACACCAGAAGAAGAGUGGGACUCUGAAAUUGCUUCCUCUAUUGCAUGGGUCCCGCUCACCACAGAGCCAGAGGAUCCAGGGGAGCUGCUGCCAGCUGAGGAGAAGGACCUGCCCCAUCCAGGAGGAGACUCUGGGAAUGAACCACUGCAAAGCACCUUGGACAGGCAGCUCCUGAAGGUGGAAGUCUUCACCUCAGAUAAAGCCAGCGCCAACCUGGGGACAGGGGAUGCAGCAAAAGAGCCUCUGGAGUCCAGCCUGUUGUCCUGCUCCCCCAUCCCCUUGCCAGGCCUCCAGUCAGAGUCCAGCAGCGUGUCUGGGGCAAGCUGCUCCUCGGAUGCAGAGACGCCCAGCAGCCUGCAGGCCGAGACCACUGGCUCCUCAGCAGAGCUCCCAUCAGACUUCACGGACAACGACCAGAUGAUCCCUGCCACUCUGCUGCCCUUUCGCGGGAGCCUGAUCUUCGAGGCCGAGUCGCUGGAGAUCACGCUGUUCCCCCAGGGGGAGUCUGUGGAGAACGACGUCGUCUACGGGGCGGAGGAAGACGACAGCACCUCUGCCUCCUUCCUGCACUCUCUGUCGGAGAACUCCAUCAACGAGGGCGUGGACGAGUCCUUCGCCUACCAAGAUGACACUUCCCAGUCCUCCGACUCCGCCUCGUACAACGGCGAGGCGGACGAGCGGCUGUACAGCACCGAGCAAUACGCUGUGGUGACCCCCUCGGCUCAGGAAGGGGAGAAGCCAGCUGCAGAGGACUCUGAGCAGGGGGCCUCCUGCUCGGGCAGCGAGAGCGAGAUGGAGACGUCAUCGGAUGCCUCUGACACCGAUGAGGAAUAUGCGGCUUUCUCGGCUCUGGACAUGGAGCUGGGCACAGUCCCCCACACAGGGGUGGAGGUUGGGUUUGAGCCAGAGGGGAACGUGGUUCACCAGGAUAAGCUGGAAGGAUCCACAGAGGAGGAAGAGGGGGAGGCAGAAGAGAGGCAGCCGCCAGCCCAAAGUGAGGGGCUGCCGAAAUCAGCAGCACUCGCCGAACCCAAGGCAGCACCGGUGGAUGAACACAGCGACUCUGAAGACAGCCCAGGAAGUGGCAGCGUCUCACCCGCAGGCCGAGGCUGGAGCCCCUCUCUGAAACCAGACAGCACACCAUCCCCCGGGGAGUCUGCUCCGAGAGCCGAAUCUGACCGGGCAGAUGAUUCUCCAGGGGAUACGGGCCCCUCCUCGGAGAGCUCCCUAGAGCACCAGUCCUUGCUGUCAGACAUGCAGGAGGCUCUGGAGAUAGGGCUCCCCAACUCAGGAGAGUGUCUGAUCGCCUGCUUUGAUACAGACGAGGAGACCGAGGCCUUCCCCGGGCCGGAGGUAGUCAUGGAGAAUGCAGAGCCACUAAGCCAGUCGGCUACUGCUGAAGUGUGUGUGGCACCAUGGAGAGGCGGGGAUGGGACGGGAUCUGCGAUACCCUUGCCUUGGAAACAGAAGCCAGCUCCCACUGAGCCUACUGCCAGGAAAGCCAGUGAUGCCUCUGUGUUUGAGAUGAGCACCAAGCUGAAGGAGUCUGAAGCGCACCUCCUGGAGCUCCUAGACCAGGACAGCACUUCUCUGGGAGGGAAGAGGGAAGGUCACUUCAUGGCCCAACUGGGAGCCUCCGAUGAUGCCAACUUGGAACAGCCUGAAGUGACCAGAGCUGACAGCGAGCCAGCAGGAGAGUGCUUGAUCGCCUGCUUCUCCUCCUCAGAGGAGGAGCUGGAGGAGGCCUCCUCUCUCGAUCAAGUCAACAACAAUGAGGAACAAGGGGAGCUGUUCUUGGAAGCCAGCCUGGAUUCCGUGCCCCCUCUGGGACAAAAUGGCACGCAGCCAAACGUGCUCAUGGACACAGCCAGCCAGAAUGAGCCCAUGUUGGCUGUGGUGGUGGAUCAGCAACAAGAGCCCCCUCUCCCACCUGGGGAUGCCGAGUCUCAGAGCCUGGACCUCCACGCGAUGCAGAAAGGCCUGCAGGAACUCCAGAGGCGGCUGGAUGGGAGCAGCCAGCUCUUCAGGCAGCAGGAGUGCAGGGAGCUGGACGCGAGCUCGGAGUCUGAGAUAGAGACCUAUGUGAAAAGGUACUUCGGCACAACGGCAUUCUCACUGCUCCCUCAGGCCAUAGCAGCUCCAGAGAGCACCAAAUCAACCUGGGGGCAAGAAGCCCUAGGCAAGAAGCCGGCCCUGGCAAACAGCAGCAUCCCUGAGCCAGUCUGGCCAUGCUCAGGGACUGGCGAGACCAAAGACUCCAACUCAAGAAAACCUCAACUGGACGAGAGCAGCCCUGCCUCUCCUGGCAGCUGGAUGCCAGUGGAAAUGAACAGCAGCACAGACCAGAAUCGAGAGGAGCUCGUGGCAAGCACAGAAGAGAAGUGGCUCACAGCUGAGGCUGCAGAAUCUGACUUGGAAUCCACAUUUAGUGCCUCACCCGUUGUUGCGAUGGGAGAGACCCAGCCAAAGGCGGCUGUUCAGGCUCUGGCUCGCCUGGGAGAACCUGUGGAAGAGGUAAUCCCGGCUCCCUGUUUAAGCACUGUCAGCCAUGACUUGCAGACCAGAUCUGCUGAGGAAGCCACCUAUGCUUCUGUAUCAGGAAGUGAGGCAUGCAGCCAAACAGAUCCUGUCUCUGCUCAGGUUUGCCCCCUAGGAGACCAACUUGAAAUGGAAUCUCCCGCUGCAGCUGCUCCAGGCCAAACCCUGCCUGAACCAGGGGCUCAAGCGUUCCAGGCCCCACGUGUCUGUAGCUUGGAUCCAGACUUGCCUGAGUUGAGGGACAGCAACAUGAAUGUACUGGAGACAGCUAGCUCCCAGUCUCCCUGGGAGCCUGAGCGUGGGACUGGAGAGGAGCAAGACUCAUCUGUCUUAACAAGCUGCAGCGAGAACGUGGUGCUCAAAGGGGACAUGGAGAGCACUGAUGCAGAAGAAACAGCUAAGAAAACAACUGGAGACCAGCCUGGCCGUGAUGAGCUGCCUGGUGGGAAGGGGGCCUCUACCCAAGAGCAGCGGGUGGGUAGCACCCAACUUCCUCGGGAAGUGAAGCCAGCCGCUCUACAGCAGAGUGAGAGUCUGGGCAAUGUGCCAGAAGAGGAAACACUCGGCUCUGAGGCUACGUCCGAAGAAUGGGUCUGCCUCACGGACGAGGAGAGGGAGGCCGAGGCUCCGCCCGAAGAGAGUCAGCCAGGAACUCCCGCACCCAAAGGAGAGAUGGAGGUGGAGCUGGCAGAGAGUGCGGAGGCAGCUUCCGAAGGCAGCUCUUCCGCAUUCAGCAAUGACCUGUCCAGUGGAGACUCCCUGGAAGGCAGGCAAACACCAGGCUGUGCAGCACUCAGUCCUCCCCUUGGUCUUGAUGACAAGAUGACCACUGCGGACACCACACAGGAGGAACCCGACAAGGCCGUUUCCUCCAGAGAAUCUUCCCCAGAGCCACCAGACACCGCACAAUCCUUCAUGCACAUGGAUUCCAGCUUCUUCAUGGCCUCUGAGGAGAGCACGGGAGAGAGCACCAGACUAGUUGAGCCGAAAUCCUCCGGGGAGGGGAGAGAACUGGGCACUCCUGAACAAGCCGAGAGCCAGUUAACAAAGCAGCAAGAGGGUGAUGUUCCAACAGAGCUGAAGGAAGCAGUUCUACCACCGGAAUAUCUCCACAUGGGCACCAGCAGCGACUCUCCAUCCCUGCUUGUGCCCAGCACCUCAGGGGUCUCUUCAGAUGAGCACGGCCUGGCCCCGGAGCCCCCUGAGCACAGCCUGGCUUUGUGUUUGCACUAUUCCUCCCUGCAAGAAGCUCCACGUUCCACUCGCUCAGAGUGCACCAGACUAAGAGCCAACGUGCCAGUGCCUAGCAAUCAGCAGCUGCUCUUCACUGCUUCUGAGAAGGAGAUUUACAUAGGUGAGCCUGCUGUUCAUGACCAGCCCCCCGCAGAGCCUGGGGACAGCUACCCCAGCACAAGCCUGGAAGCAGAGGGUCCUGCUGAAUAUUCAGGGCCAACAAAAACGAGCCCUGACUCGCUGGAAUCCAAAGCCGUCAUUGCAGAAAGCCUGUCGGUCAGCCUUGGAUUGCGUGAGCCAUCUGGUGCCUUGGUGGAGAACCCUGCUGACCUGCCAGCAGCAUCUCGUGAGCGGCAGCAAAUCACUGCCAUGUUACAAGGCUCCUUUGGGAACCUCCAGGCCUCCCAGCUGAAAGUGGGGCCUCUUUGUCCUGCGAGCAGCCAGAUGGUGACAGAAGCACAAAGUGUCCUUGCCAGCCUCAAGGAGAGGGUCUUGGAGAGCUCCUCCGGAGAGGCCACCCCAGACUCCCUGGAGGCCAGUGAAGCACAAGAGAGGGUGGUCGAAGCUCAGCCUGAACCUGAAACGCCCACUCAUGAACUUGCUGCUGGCGGUGCCUCUCGGCAGCCCAGCGAGGACCAGGGUGCUCGGCAGCCCUCCGAGGACGAGAGCGCUUCAGAACAAGCACAACUGGAGAGCAUCUGUGAGAUGCUGCUUGCAGCGGAGGUGAUGCCCAGCCCUGUGCUACUCGCUUCCUCCAUGGGCAGCAGUGAGUCAGUGACCCCUAUGCUAGAGGAACAGGAUCUCUCUGCAGAGGAAGACUCCAGCCUGCACAGUGAAGAGCCCCUGGAGGAAGAGGCCGUCCAGACUUCCUCUGGAACUCUUGCCAAAGACCAGGACCAGAGGUCACUGAGCCUGGAGGAGCCUGCGGAGCUGGGGAUCUCACCCAGGGCAGAAGAGCCCUGGGAGAGCCCUGGGGAGGCAGGUGUAGAUGGUGCCAUGCCAGAGGCCAGCCAAGCAGGACACCUGCAGAGCCCACAGCAUCCAGCAGACGGAGGUAAUCAGCAAAGCCAAAUCCCAUUGGACGAUACUGAAAGCAGCAGAGAGAAUGAGACGCUUCCAACUACAGAAGCAACCAGACCAUUGAUGCUCCAUUCCUCUCCUUCUCCUGAGCCCUCGGCAGCUUCCCUGGCUAGUGAUUCCCAACCUCCCGAGUCUCCUCCACCAGAGCCCUGCCCCAUCCCUGCGGCUGCUCCCCUCCAGCCAGGUCGGCCUGCCUCUCCUGAAGCUGCUGUGGAGGAUGCACCUUCUCCUGAGCCCUCAGCAGUGUCCCUGGCGAGUGAUUCUCAGCCUCCCGAGUCUCCUCCACCAGAGCCCUGCCCCAUCCCUGCGGCUGCUCCCCUCCAGCCAGGUCGGCCUGCCUCUCCUGAAGCUGCUGUGGAGGAUGCACCUUCUCCUGAGCCCUCGGCAGUGUCCCUGGCGAGUGAUUCUCAGCCUCCCGAGUCUCCUCCACCAGAGACCUGUCCCAUCCCUGCGGCUGCUCCCCUCCAGCCAGGUCGGCCUGCCUCUCCUGAAGCUGCUGUGGAGGAUGCACCUUCUCCUGAGCCCUCGGCAGUGUCCCUGGCGAGUGAUUCUCAGCCUCCCGAGUCUCCUCCACCAGAGACCUGUCCCAUCCCUGCGGCUGCUCCCCUCCAGCCAGGUCGGCCUGCCUCUCCUGAAGCUGCUGUGGAGGAUGCACAUUCUCCUGAGCCCUCGGCAGUGUCCCUGGCGAGUGAUUCUCAGCCUCCCGAGUCUCCUCCACCAGAGCCCUGCCCCAUCCCUGCGGCUGCUCCCCUCCAGCCAGGUCGGCCUGCCUCUCCUGAAGCCACUGUGGAGGAUGCACCUUCCCCUCCUCCUUGCUCUGAACUCAUAGAAGUGCCUCCUGCUUUAUCCUUCCUGCCACCUUGCUCAGAGGAUCCUAUCCAAGGCCAAAACUCAGGGCUCCUCGCAUCUGAAGCACUCUCUGUCACAGAGGACGCUCACGCUGAAGACCAGACAUCUCUCCUGCUGGAUUCCAGGAAAUACUUAGAAGCUCUGGAGAGCACCGCGUCCCCGGUCCUAUGCAGAGACCCCUUCCUCAGCACCCAGGAUUCCCGAGGGAGGCCCCAGCUCCCAGGGAACAAAGACGCCAGAGGGAGGGGUUCCGCCUCCGCAGAAGAGAGGCGAGCCCACCGCGGCUCCAUCCAGUCGGAAUCGAGCUCUUCCAGCGAGAGCGAGCCACCCUACCGGUGCCCGGAGAUCGAGACCCUGCGGGAGGCGGCUGGCAUGACGCUGCUGGAGGACAAGCCACUGGUGGGGCAGAGAAGCUGUGAAGUUAACCAUAAAGGCUCUUGUAACGACUCGGAGAGCAACGAUGAGUCUAUUCCAGAGCUGGAGGAGCCGGACAUCUCAGAAUCCCGGACAGCUCAGACUCAGGCCCAGCUAACGCACUCGCUGAGCACCGGGGAGGAAACCAUCAGCAAAGCCAAGCAGAGCCGGAGCGAGAAGAAAGCCAGGAAGGCCAUGUCCAAGCUGGGGCUGCGUCAGAUUCACGGCGUCACCAGGAUCACGAUCCGGAAGUCCAAGAACAUCCUGUUUGUGAUAACCAAGCCGGACGUGUUCAAGAGCCCGGCUUCUGACAUCUACAUAGUGUUUGGAGAGGCCAAGAUCGAAGACCUGUCACAGCAGGUGCACAAGGCGGCCGCGGAGAAGUUCAAGGUGCCAAUGGAGCACUCGCCUUUGAUCACGGAAACGGCCCCAGCACUCACGAUCAAAGAGGAGAGCGAGGAAGAGGAGGAGGUUGAUGAGACUGGACUGGAGGUGAGAGAUAUCGAGCUGGUGAUGGCCCAGGCCAAUGUGUCACGUCCCAAAGCCGUGCGGGCGCUCAGACACAACAACAACGAUAUCGUCAACGCCAUCAUGGAGCUGACCAUGUAGCUGCUGGCCCGGAUGUGCAAACAGACCCACCCCCUCUGUAUAGAUGCACAGUUACUCCUAUACAGUACAGCUGGUAUUAAAUACUCUAGAACUGCAAAUAUUCCUACUAGUCUGCAUCUCUCUUGCUGCUCAAUAAAACGGCCUCAUGUAUUCACUUGAAAUGCA